GACAGAGUAAAAAGAUCACCAUAAUUCGAUUGAAAAUUGGCUGAACACGUAAACAAAGGAUUUGUUCAUUAAAUUUAGCUGUAUUUUUCAUCUAUAGUUUGAAUUUAAACACGAUCGCUAAACGAGUCCAUCAAAUUUGUGAUACAACGUAUAAAAUAGAUUUCAACUCAAAAUGACGAAAUUGAUGGAAUGGUUGGGCGUACUGAUUGGAUUCCUGGCAGUAUAUGUCUAUUUGCUAACCGGUGAACCAAAAUUUUCCGAGGAAAUGAUGAUCCACAUUAAAUUUCUGCCGAUUUAUCUUAUCGGAAUGUUUGGAGGAUAUUCAGCAUACACGCUUUUGUAUCGUGUUUUCACAUUCAAUGACUGUCCUGAAGCAGGCGAAGAAAUCCAAAAACAAAUUGAAGAGGCAAAAGCCGAUUUGUCGUCCAAAGGUUUUAAGUUUUAGUUAAUUUUUGUUUGCCUUUUUGUAUUGAUAUUCGGCAUUCAAUAUCAUUCCAUAAUUCAGUUCUUUUUUCACAUGUUCCAGUUGGAUUCGAAUGAAUCCAAUAAACUAUUCACUUCAGUGAGACAUUUUUUUUCAUAAAUUGUGUAAAUAAAUAUUUUUCAACCAAUAAAAA